UGCCGUACCUGAGCGAGACGCGCAGCAGAAAGCCCACGUUGGCGGCUGUCGGGAGCGCAGCGCUCAGAGGCGGGAGACUGCGAAAUCCCGAGCCGACGCUGCAGCCUCUGCUCUGCGCCCGGGUCCUCUUCUCUCCCAUCGCCUCGGAGAGUGGGAUCCUCCGGGUAUCCGAGAGACCGCCGAGCGGAAAGCGAGAUCCUGGCCGCCUCCACUUGGGGAGGCGUGUGAGAUUCCGAGGGGGAGCGACGGUGCCCGUGGGCGGAGGGGCGCUGAGUUUCCAGCUAGAGGGAAGUUAAAGCUACGCGGAGAAGUCUGGCUUUUCGGGACGCGGGGUCGCCACAGCCGGGGACCCGCGACGGGGGAAACUUCACGAUUGUCCUACGAGCCAGGAGGGACGUGCGCAGGGAUGGUGCCCGGCAUCGCCCCCAGCUCCUGAGCUGUUGCCACGGGUCCCCCUCGGCCAGCCUUCUGCGAGGGCACAGGGCAGCGCGUGUGUGCGGACUGCGAGUGACCGCGCCGUGACCCGUCCAGGGGUGCCGGCUGCAGCGCAGUCCUUCCGAGGACACACCUGGCUCAGGCCGUGCGCCUCCAGAGACCUGUGGGAGAGUGGAGAUCCUGGCCAUCGCCCCUUCGUCUCUCCUCCGCCUGGGCUUCUGGGGGCGCCGCGGAUGACCAUGAGAGAUAAGGACUGAGUGCCAGGUACGGGAAGAGAGCCAGCCGAGAGGUGGCGGGGAUUGCCCACGCCAAGGGCCACAGCCGCCGCGCUCCGGCCUCGCUCCGCCGCUCGACGCCUCGCGUGGCCCUCCGGGGCAGCCGGGCCGGGCGGCGAUGCCCGGGCUGGGGCGAAGGGCGCAGUGGCUGUGCUGGUGGUGGGGGCUGUUGUGCAGCUGUGGACCCCCGCCACUGCGGCCGCCUCUGCCGGUAGCCGCGGCCGCCGCCGGGGGGCAGCUGCUGGGAGCCGGCGGGAGCCCCGUGCGUGCCGAGCAGCAGCCGCCGCCGCCGCAGUCCUCCUCUUCUUCGGGUUUCCUCUAUCGGCGGCUCAAGACCCACGAGAAGCGGGAGAUGCAAAAGGAGAUCCUGUCGGUGUUGGGGCUCCCGCACAGGCCGCGCCCUCUGCACGGCCUCCAGCAGCCUCAGUCCCCCGCGCUCCCGCAGCAGCAGAGCGCCCGCGAGGAGCCCCCUCCAGGGCGACUCAAGUCCGCUCCGCUCUUCAUGCUGGAUCUCUACAAUGCCCUGUCCGCCGAUGACGACGAAGAGGAUGGGGUGUCAGAGGGAGACAGGCGGGAACCCGGGCCCCACGGAGGGGCCAGCUCAUUCCAGCUCAGACAGCCGUCUCCAGGCGCUGCACACUCCAUGAACCGCAAGAGCCUCCUGGGUCCCGUACUCCGCGGCGGCGGCGGCGGCGGCGCGUCCCCAUUGACCAGCGCGCAGGACAGCGCAUUCCUCAACGACGCGGACAUGGUCAUGAGCUUUGUGAAUCUGGUGGAGUACGACAAGGAGCUCUCCCCACGCCAGCGACACCACAAAGAGUUCAAGUUCAACUUAUCCCAGAUUCCCGAGGGUGAGGCGGUGACGGCUGCAGAGUUCCGCGUCUACAAGGACUGUGUUGUGGGCAGUUUUAAAAACCAAACUUUUCUUAUCAGCAUUUAUCAAGUCUUGCAGGAGCAUCAGCACAGAGACUCUGACCUGUUUUUGUUGGACACCCGUGUAGUGUGGGCCUCAGAAGAAGGCUGGCUGGAAUUUGACAUCACAGCAACUAGCAAUCUGUGGGUGGUGACACCACAGCAUAACAUGGGACUCCAGCUGAGUGUGGUGACUCAGGAUGGACUCCACGUCAACCCCCGUGCGGCGGGCCUGGUGGGCAGAGACGGCCCUUACGACAAGCAGCCCUUCAUGGUGGCCUUCUUCAAGGUGAGCGAGGUCCAUGUGCGCACCACCAGGUCAGCCUCCAGUCGGCGUCGCCAGCAGAGUCGUAACCGUUCCACCCAGUCACAGGAUGUGUCCCGGGGCUCCAGUGCUUCAGACUACAACAGCAGUGAAUUAAAAACAGCCUGCAAAAAGCAUGAGCUUUAUGUGAGCUUCCAGGACCUGGGAUGGCAGGACUGGAUCAUUGCACCCAAAGGCUAUGCUGCCAACUACUGUGAUGGAGAGUGUUCCUUCCCGCUCAAUGCGCACAUGAAUGCCACCAACCACGCCAUUGUACAGACCUUGGUUCACCUUAUGAAUCCUGAGUACGUCCCCAAACCAUGCUGUGCACCAACUAAACUGAACGCCAUCUCGGUUCUUUACUUUGACGAUAACUCCAAUGUCAUCUUGAAAAAAUACAGGAAUAUGGUUGUGAGAGCUUGUGGAUGCCAUUAAGUCGAAGCUAGUUGCGGGGGGGUGACUCUGCCUUGGAUUCCUAACUAAAUCUGCCUUAAAACACAUGAAGAAGCACAGUGAAGUGGGAUGAUGACUAUCUGGAAGCAUCUCCUGCUGGUGCCUUAGCCCAAUGGGGAUUUCAUGAAGACCUUGCUGAUGACUUCCCCAGUUCAUAACUGAGCAGUUGCUCGUCUGUCGGAAGUUGUAAUGCUUCAGGACAGGCCUGGGAACUGCAGAAAUGUGUGAGCUCACUUCCUCCAGUCCCACCCAGACUAAUUUUAGCAUUCAGAUCUAGCUGUUUGUGGUGUUAGUAGAGAAUAACCUCGAAGGAAUAUUAAAUAUGCCUGGCUGAAAGACCAGUUGGUUCAGUAGCACUCAUCAGUGGGAGAUUGUGCAGAUAACAGACUGGAGGGGAAGAGAGAGCUCUAUCAUUCCCUUCCCAGCAAGGCCAGCUCACCCAAGACCUGCAUCCUGGCCAUCAACAUGCUUUGUGGAGGUGCCUUUUGUCUGCUGAUGCAGUUACAUGUUUUUUGUUGACUCUUGGUGGUGUGAGAUGUACUAAUUUUGUCCAAAGCAAAGUGUAGCAUUUCUACACCUCUCUCCUCCCUCCGUUUCUGAAUUCUUUACUAGAACCCAAAGUAGAUAGACCAUAUUUUGUGGAAGGGCCGUGAGCAUCUGCAAUAGCCUCCAUCUAAACCAUGUAACAGCAAAAUGCGAUUCUGCAUCUCUUAGGCAGACUGGCUUGACAAGCGCAUUAACAUCAGGAACACGGGCUCCAACACACCAGCUCUCUCCUAACUCUGUUCUUUGCCUUUUCCCUACAGUAGCAUUCCAUGGCUCAGGGCUAGUCUACAGCAGAAACCCACAGAGGAAGGGCCCCUGCCUCUAAGAAUGGGUUUGUUGAGAUGAGCAUGCCAUUUGUGAACCAAAACCACAAUUUCCUCUUGUAGAAAGUAAGACUCCGAUUAAAUCUUAGAGUAUUUUCUAGAUGUCCUUUUUACAAUCAUGUACUGGGAAAGCCAAUUUCAUACUAAACUGAUUAAAUAAUACAUUUACAAUCUGUAACUGUACUUACAGCUUUUUUUGUAAAUAGAAACUAUAAUUUAUUGUCUAUUUUAUAUCCAUUUUGCUGUAACAUUUAAGCAAAGACCAGACUUUUCUUUAAAAAAAAAAAAAUUUAUUUAGAAAGUAUAAACCAAUUGUACCACUUGAGUUUUCUUUUAAUACAAGACUCAUGAUGCAAAGCUGAAGCCACUGUGAGCUGGGCCUCAGGAGCUGGUUUUCCAGGACAGCUGUGAUCCACACAUGAUUAAUAAUAAAUGUCCAGAAUGGGCUGGCAGGGGGGCCUUUGCUGCUCAGGAGUAGAUGUCUUGUUUCUAGUCUCCUUACCAUACAUUCUGUGCCAGGUGUUGAGUUCACCUGCUCAUGGAAAGUGAAGGGCUGGGCACAAAGUGCUUCUGAGGACAAGCACACAAUGCGAAGACAGACAGAGGCACAGCGCGAACUUAGCUGCAUCUUUGCAAGAGUGAGAGCAGCAAUGUCUAAUAUCCAGGACGGCAAGAAUUAGAAGGAGCUAGUGUGACAUCCAACCUUGGGCUGGGGCAGCCCUGCCAACUGCGGUCUUUGGUCUUGAGGUCAAAUGAACCCCACUGCUCAUACAUUAGAAAGUCAGCCUCCUUGAAGGUGGACAUCAUAGAAACAAACUGCUGGAAGGACUUAGGAAGUGAAUUAGAGCUGUUGCUAGGAAGCCUGAGUGGGGGUGCAGAGUCUCCCUGGGCCUGCCUGGGCAAGCCUGUAAGGCGCUUUUGCCCCAGGAGGCAAACAGAAAGGUGAGGACCCACUGUGCUGCCUUCCCACAUCCUCACUUUCUGCAGAAGACAUCUACACCUCCCACUUUAUGCAAAGCAGACAAGAGGAUCCUUUGAACAUCCAUCAGAAGUACCAUUCAUUAUGGCUCACCUCUCUCAACUAGAGAAGCACUAACAGAACCAGGAACCCAACAGUGGCUACAAAGGUAUCUUCAAAACUCUGUGGAUUUGUGUUCUGUUCUAAAAUCUCCAAACUAUGGACCACCACAUUAUGAAGUCAAUUGUGACCUUCAGAUCAGAGGGACAUCAUCAUGCCACCUUUCCAGAAUUCAGGCAGUUCAAAAACCUGCUUUUGGAUGAGGCAAUCCCUCAGGAACCAACAGAGUUCAGCAAUUUGGUUUUCCUUCACAGUAUUUUAGUAGCAAGGGAAGCCAAUUUAAUUUUGUCAAGAGAAAGGAUGAAUCGCCACUGAGAAUAUUUGCCCAGGGACCAUGAGCUAUGGUCAGAGAGAGGCAAUCACAAUCCGCAGUGUGCGGGGGCUCAAGAAGCACACAUGGAGACACUACACGACUCAGUACAGGCAGCUUUCUGACUAACCACAGUGGACAGGCGGCUCUCCAUCUGAUGUCACUCCUGUGCACUGGGCGCAUGAAGCCAGGGUCGUGACGUCAACGGGGCUUCUAGAGUUCAUCCUUUGCCUGGCGCAGGACGAAGCUGUGUAAAGAGUCAAGGUCUCUACCUCCAUUGUGCUCACCCACUUUUUCACCUCCUCGGAAAAGCAGCAACGUGGGAUAGCCUCGGACCUUUAAAAGACAGAAGAAGAGAGUACUUUACAUCACACCUAAAUUGUUCCUGGAGACUGGAGUGGCAGGGGAAGUGGCACAGCCAGUAAAGUGCCACCCACGGAAGUAUGAGGACUUGACUCUGGAUCUCCAGCACCCCUGUAAAACCAGACCCUGGGGUGCCCAUCUGUAGUGCCAGUGUUGGAAUUGAGCCUAGGGGUUGAGAUUGGCCAGCCUAGCCAAUCAGUUCUAGGGUCAGUGGAAGAUAAGGUGGACGGUGACUAAGACAGACAUCUGACAUCAACUUUUGGGAGUUCACACAUACAUGAGCACAUAGGUAAGGCGGGGGAUUCUGUGACUAAUGUCAGUAGCACAGUAUGACUGGGGUACGUAUGAGGCCCUGGUUCCGUGCUCAUCAUCACUACACAAGAACCAAUAUAAUAUAGCCCAUAACAUCCAUCAUAGAUAAGCUCAGAACAAACACAUCAAUAAGCAGACAGACACUCUAGCUAUGGCCUUUACCUAGGGUGGUUUAGAUGUAUAGAUUUCUUUUAGCCCCAUCCUUCAGGAUGCUUGUUUAUAACUGAAUGCUGAGCCCUCUGGUGGUUAGGACAGGGCACCAGGCAGCUCUGGGCAGGCAGGGCCACGAUGGCUGCAGCACACCUCUCUCAACACCUGGCACCUCAGUACUGUACAGCUAGACCCAGCAAGGCCUCAGAACCUUCUCUGCAGCAGAGGAGAAGGCUGGCCUUUCAGAGUCCUUUAUUUCUCAAAUGGCACAACUCAAGAUACAAGCUACUCUCUAGAGAGGUCCGGACAGAGUGAACUCAUUCCAUGCUGCCAGGUGACAGGCCCCUGGGGUGCUGAUCCAAAUCUUCAGUUCGCCUCCCCGGGAGGUACCCACCGAGUACUUGUUGCAGACAUUCCGCUCAGCCGUGCAGUCUACUUCUGCGAUGGUGACCUCUGCCAAGCCAGGGAAUUCUUUUCUAGAGAGCUCCUCCCAGGUAGGAGCCAGGUUUUUACAGUGGCCACACCUACGAGAGAACAGGGGCAGCUGUGCUGAGAUCUGGGUUGAGAUCACCCUGUUUCACCUUCAUGACAGUCAUAAUAUCCUCAGAAUCCACACCAUCAAAUUCUCUCACAGGCUACACAUGGGCCCUUCCCUUCCCAAAAAGGAAUUCAGAGUCAUGCCACAUUUGGUAACCUGACAGGUUUGCAAGGAAAGGUGGAUUCUAUGCCCACUUCCACACCAUGGUGACGGGAGCAGCCGGGGUGAACGGGACAGUUAGACUGGGCUGCUGGGUGCAGAUUCCCUGACGCUUUGGCCACUCCCAAGAGGCCACAAGGAAGUUAGGCCCGAGUCCUGCCUUUUGUGCCGACAGUCACUGUCUCUGUCCUUCCUCACAACAGGAGGGUCUUCUUUCUGCACACUCUGUACAGUCUUAGUGUUUUUCUAAAUAAAAAAUAACUG